AUGUAUCUUCAAACAUUCGCGGUGUUGGCCGCGUCUUCCCUCGCCUGGGCCGAGACUGGCGAGAAGCAAGCCCGUCAAGCCAGCUCAGGUUCUGCGGCAUGGGACGCUGCCUAUUCUCAAGCGAGCUCUGCUCUCUCCAAGCUAUCACAACAAGACAAGGUCAACAUUGUCACCGGAGUCGGUUGGAACAAGGGCCCCUGUGUUGGCAACACACCAGCAAUCAGAUCUAUCGGCUAUCCCCAACUCUGUCUACAAGACGGGCCUCUCGGCAUCCGAUUUGGAGGAAGCGUCACCGCGUUCACACCCGGUAUCCAGGCAGCUUCAACAUGGGACGUCGAACUGAUUCGACAACGCGGCGUCUACCUCGGUGCAGAAGCUAAAGGGGUCGGCGUACACGUUCUUCUCGGACCUGUGGCCGGAGCGCUUGGCAAGAUCCCCAACGGUGGACGUAACUGGGAGGGCUUUGGACCAGACCCCUAUCUUACGGGUAUUGCUAUGAGCGAGACCAUUGAAGGAAUCCAGAGCAAUGGUGUACAGGCUUGCGCCAAGCACUUCAUCCUCAACGAGCAGGAGACCAACCGCGAAACUAUCAGCAGUGUCGUCGACGACCGAACCAUGCAUGAGCUUUAUCUCUUUCCUUUUGCUGAUGCUGUACACUCAAACGUUGCAAGCGUGAUGUGCAGUUAUAACAAGGUCAAUGGAACGUGGGCGUGCGAGAAUGACAAGAUCCAAAACGGCCUUUUGAAGAAAGAGUUAGGCUUCAAGGGAUAUGUCAUGAGUGACUGGAACGCCCAACACACCACCAACGGCGCUGCAAACAGUGGUAUGGACAUGACCAUGCCUGGCAGCGACUACAACGGCAAGACGAUCCUAUGGGGCCCACAACUCAACACCGCCGUCAACAACGGCCAGGUCUCCAAAGCGAGACUAGACGACAUGGCCAAGCGCAUUCUGGCAGGGUGGUACCUACUCAAGCAGAACUCCGGCUACCCAGCCACCAACCUGAAGGCCAACGUCCAAGGGAACCACAAGGAAAACGUCCGCGCAGUGGCACGAGACGGCAUCGUCCUGCUCAAGAACGAUGACAGCAUCCUCCCGCUCAAGAAACCCAGCAAGCUAGCCGUCAUCGGCUCCUCAUCCGUCGUCAACCCCGCCGGCAGAAACGCCUGCACGGACCGAGGCUGCAACACCGGCGCGCUCGGCAUGGGCUGGGGCUCCGGCACGACCGAAUACCCUUACUUCGUCGCACCCUACGACGCCCUCAAGGCCCGCGCCCAAUCCGACGGAACAAUCAUCAACCUCUCCAGCUCCGACAGCACCAGCGGGGUAGCCGCCGCCGCCUCCGGCGCCGACGCGGCACUGGUCUUCAUCACCGCCGAUUCGGGAGAGGGGUACAUCACUGUCGAGGGCGUGACAGGCGACCGCCCCAACCUCGACCCGUGGCACAACGGCAACGCACUAGUGCAAGCCGUGGCGCAAGCCAACAAGAACACCAUCGUCGUGGUGCACAGCACCGGCCCGAUCAUCCUGGAGACCAUCCUCGCGCAGCCCGGCGUGAAAGCCGUCGUGUGGGCGGGCCUGCCUAGCCAGGAGAACGGGAACGCGCUCGUUGAUGUUUUGUAUGGAUUGGUGAGCCCGUCGGGGAAGCUGCCGUAUACCAUUGCCAAGAGCGAGAGCGAUUAUGGUGCCCCUGUGGCGAGGGGCGGGACGGAUACGUUCCCUGAGGGACUGUUUAUCGAUUAUCGACACUUUGAUAAGCAGGGGAUAAGUCCGAGGUAUGAGUUUGGGUUUGGGCUUUCAUACACAAACUUCACCUACUCCUCCCUCAUCAUAACCUCUACCGCCUCCCCCGGCCCCGCCAAGGGAGAAACCAUUCCAGGCGGCCGCUCCGACCUCUGGGAAACCGUCGCCACCAUCACCGCGACCAUCAAAAACACCGGCGGCGUUACAGGCGCCGAGGUACCGCAGUUGUACAUCACGUUGCCGUCUUCGGCCCCGUCGAGCCCGCCGAAACAACUGAGAGGGUUCACCAAGCUCAAGCUGGCGCCCGGGGAGCGUAAGACGGCUACGUUCAAUUUGCGGAAGAGGGAUUUGAGCUAUUGGGAUACGGCGAAGCAGAAUUGGGUUGUUCCCGCUGGGAGCUUUGGCGUGAGUGUGGGGGCGAGUUCGAGGGAUUUGAGGUUGAGUGGGAAGUUUGAUGUCUAG